AUGGCCGCCUUCAAACGCAGCCGAGCGCAAGCCUGGCCGGAGGAGCGGGGUGACCGGGAGCACGGGCUCUACAGCCUGCACCGCAUGUUUGACAUCGUGGGCACCCACCUGACCCACCGGGACGUGCGGGUGCUCUCCUUCCUCUUCGUGGACGUGAUCGAUGAUUACGAGAGGGGAAUGAUCCGCAGCGGCCGGGACUUCUUGCUGGCGCUGGAGCGGCAGGGGGGCUGCGAUGAGACCAACUUCCGACAAGUGCUGCAGUUGCUGCGGAUCAUCACGCGCCACGACCUGCUGCCCUAUGUCACCCUCAAGAGGCGACGGGCCGUGUGCCCGGACCUGGUGGACAAGUACCUGGAGGAGACGUCCAUUCGCUACGUGACGCCCCGAGCUCACGGCGAGGCAGAGCACGGGCUUGGCCACCCCCAUAAAUCAGUGCCUCCCCACCACCCCGUGGUCUGCUGCUCCUCCGCGGGACCCCAGAUCUGUACCAAGAGGCCCGGCCGCGGCAGGACCCUCCUCAGCAGCCAGCGCAAGAGGAGGAAGUCGGCGACGCCGGACCCGAAGGAGAAGCAGACCUGUGACAUCCGCCUGCGAGUCCGAGCCGAGUACUGCCAGCACGAGACGGCGCUUCAGGGCAACGUCUUCUCCAACAAGCAGGACCCCUUGGAGCGUCAGUUCGAACGCUUCAACCAGGCCAACACCAUCCUGAAGUCCCGGGACCUGGGCUCCAUCAUCUGUGACAUAAAAUUCUCAGAGCUCACCUACCUCGACGCGUUCUGGCGCGAUUACAUCAACGGCUCUUUGCUGGAAGCGCUCAAGGGCGUCUUCAUCACGGACUCGCUCAAACAAGCCGUGGGCCACGAAGCCAUCAAACUGCUGGUCAAUGUGGAUGAGGAGGAUUACGAGGUCGGGCGCCAGAAACUCCUGAGGAACUUGAUGCUGCAGACAGCUCCCUGA